AUGCGUUCCCUCCCCCACCUCCUCGCCGCCCUCCUCACCACCACCGGGGCGGCAGCCUUCGAAUACAACACGUUCGACGGGCCCGGCUUCCCGUCCUGCUACAACGUAUCACGGGUGCACAACGCCACCAGCGUCGCCGACAUGGCCGCGGUGGUCAAAGAAGUUGCAGCCGCCGCCUCCUCCUCCUCCUCUUCAUCCGCAGUCGGGCGCGUGCGCGCCGCCGGCAAGGGCCACAUGUGGUACGACACGCAGUGCAGCGACGCGUGGACGGUGGUGGUGCGGACGGAGCAGGUGAACGCCAUCUCCGAGUUUGCGCUGCCCGCGGGGGCGGACCGGGGCUCGGUGUGGGUGGAGGCCGGGACGACUUUUUUUCAGCUGGCCGAGUACUUGCACGCGCGGGGCGCGUCGGUGGGGUAUACGUUGACGAAUUGGAAUAUCAGCUUCGGGGGGAGCGUGGCGAUGGGGGCGCAUCGGUCGUCGAUUCGCGAGGAGAGUAUGGUGGCGGCGGGGGUGUUGGCGAUGGAUAUUAUUGAUGGGAGCGGGGAGGUGAGGAGGGUGGUGAGGGAUGAGGGGGACGAUGAGUGGUUGGCGGCGUCGACGUCGUUGGGGUUGUUGGGUAUUAUUGCGAGGAUUCAGCUGCAGGUGUACGCGAGGGAGAGAAUAGGGGGCGUGGCUGACAAGUUUAGGCUCGACGAGAAGGACGUCCUCGACGGGGAUAUCUAUGGCAUGAUUGCACCGUACGCAACCGCCAAUCUCUGGUGGUGGCCAUACAAGCGCAAGUUCCACCACCGGUACUACGAUCCGGUGCCUUCCAACUCGACCCCCCAGGAAGGUUUCCAGAACACCUUCUCCGUCACCGAGCUGGAGGCCAUCGCCGCCCGUACCUUGCUCGACAGCGGCAAGUACCUGCCCACGUCCAACAUGCUGGCCGAGGAGAUAUUCUUUGGCCUGUGGGAGAAGCCCAACUUCCGCGAGAAGACGACCAACGAAGAGAUCAAGGAGUGGCCCGUCUACGGGUGGAACUACGACGUCCUCAUCGGCGGCCUGUACCCGGACCAGAAGGCCGAGUGGGAGUACGGCCUGGCGGGCUACACGAUGGAGCUGGCGUUCCCCAUGCCGCUGGCAAACAAGAUGUUGAAGAGGGUCCGGCAGCUGUUUGACGAUGAGCUCAAGAAGGGGAUCGUCAUGACCUCGACGUACCGGAGCGGGAUCAACAUCAAGUUUGGCAAGGCCUACUUUGACUUCCUCGGCCAGGUCACGUACAACACGACCGACGGGGCCGACUGGACCAAGGGCGCCAUCAUGUUUGAUUUUCCCUCGUUCCGGCCUACCAUUGGCGACCACAAGCGGUUCAACGAGCAGUUCUGUAAGGGAAUAUGGUAUAAAGCAUCCGGAACCACUGUUGAACUGACCGUGACCCAAAGACCACAGAGUAGCCAACACGCUCAUCGACGAGUUCCCCGUGCCGCCCGCACUGGGACCAAGAAUACCCGCGAAGUGUUUACUCGAUCGGUCAAGAACCUGGAUCCCAAAUCCCCAGCCCACCUGCAUGAUGCCUCGGUUUCUCGCCCGUAUGCCGACCUCUUUUCGCCACCCUAG